AUGGCCCGCUCCUCCGACGAGACCGUUGAGGUCAGCGCCAACGAUGAGAGGCGGAUGUGCGGGCUAGCCGGAGAUGACGACGAGGAUGACCUGCGCGAGGACGCUGCGGAGCUGUUCGGCCGUCGCGUUGAGGAUCCCAUUGAAGCUGAUGCAGCAGGGGGCGAAGAAGAAGAAGGAGAGGAUGACAACGACGACAAGCGCUCGCGUCCUUCUACCUCGGUUGUGUGGCUCGAUUUCAAGAAGUUGUUCAAAAAAGGUCCCAAAGGAAACUUGCGAAGCCGUCGAGGCAUUUUGUAUGGUUAUGUUAACCGGCAUUCGACCCCAGUGGUAACUCCUACUGUAUUAUCGUUGCGAAAUGUACUUUUGUCAACUGCAACAAGUGGUGAGCAGGAUGAAAGCAGUCAGGCAAAAGAUAAAAUCUCUGUAACAUUUGUUUAUGUGGAUGGCUCAGAAAAGACGAUUUGUGUUCCAGUUGGAAUGUCCAUGUUAGAAGCUGCUCAUGAAAACGACAUAGAGCUUGAAGGAGCAUGUGAGGGUUCACUUGCGUGUUCUACUUGUCAUGUAAAAGUAAUGGAUGUAAACUAUUAUUAUAACAAGUUAGAAGAUCCAACAUAUGAAGAAAAUGAUAUUCUUGACCUUGCAUGUGGGCUCACCGAAACAUCUGCAUGCCAAGUGAUCGCGAAGCCUGAACUUGAUGGUAUGCGGCUGGCAAUACCUAGAGCCUCAAGAAACUUCAUGGUAGAUGGCUAUGUACCGAAACCACACUGA